AUGAAACUCAUCAAGGACAUCCCAAAAAAGUUCUUCAAAUCCAGGAAAAGCAGGUCAGUUUCAAGAUCUGACGAACCAUACUCUUUCAGCUCCGGUACGACGUCGUCUGAGUCGUCCGAAUCAUCAUCCUCGAACGACAAGUCCCAUGCCAGCUUGAAAUCCAACGGCUUAGCCACGCCGACUAGCGUUUUACCCUCUCCUUCGCCGGUCCGCGAUGAAGGGCCGGAAAUAUCGGCCAACUUGUGUUUCGAGUUGGUAGAAGCUUUCAAGUUAUCUGACCGUGAUGGUGACGGAAAGAUAACAACUGUGGAGCUCAAGGCUUUGCUGAGUCGGGUGGGAGCCGAACAGCCGAGUGAGGAGGAGCUGACGAUGAUGUUGAGUGAAGUGGACCGGGAUGGGGAUGGGUGUGUUAGUUUGAGGAGUUUAGCGCGAUCAGCUCGGCUUUUGGGUCACCUUCUAGUCGCUCGGAGCUCAAGGACGCGACUGCCGGCGCAUGAUAAAAGGGGUCGACAAGAAUGGGGAUGGAUUCGUGUGCUUCGAGGACUUUACCCGUAUGAUGGAGCUGCAGAGAUGACUGGUGAAUCUUCAUCAUGA